GACAAUCGCGGGAUUAGUUUUGGGGUAUCUUUGUCAGCUUAGCAUAUAACUUGUUGAAUUAAUUACAUUAAUUGUGCAAAUUUGAAUAUAUCAUUGUGUGUACACCAAUAGCAAAUUAAUUGGAAACUAUUUAAAAUUUUAUUUAUAAAAUGAAUAACAAAACCACCAGGGAAAAUAACGAGAAUUUAUGUCCAACAUCAAGAAAACGUUUACCUAGCAAAAGUUUGUCACAAACACCAGCCUGGAAAUUAGCUAAACUUGAAAGCACAUCAUCACCGUCGGCUCUGACUAACGAGUAUCUAGAAGAAAUGGGUAUAGGAAUGCUAGACUCUGAGGAGAGCUCUUCAUCGGCGGCCUCAGCUAUAGCGUUAGCGGUUACCGCAAGUGCAGAUGAAAAUUCGAAUGAAGCCACACCAAAUUUGGAUGCACCCAAGUUUUGCCAUCAGCAAAGACAAAUUUAUCGAAGCAUGGACACAUCGUUGCUUGAUGCAACGACAGACAAUGCCAGUAAUCAUAGUUUUGUGGAUCCCAAUGACACUGCGCCGCCAGCCGGAGGAGGGACAGCGGCAACCAUCCACUCAAGUGCUAAAUCCAAUAAUAAUGGACAACAACAACAACAUCACCAUAAAUUAAAUAUAACCAACAACAAUUCAAAUUCUUCAUCCUCAUUUGAGAUUUAUACGGACACGGAACAGGUACAGCAGCAACAGCAGACCAUACUUAAGCUCAAGACAAAUGAAAAAUUUCAUCUGCCACAGAAUGCAGUAAGUCAACAAAAGAGAAUUGCCAUAUUGGGAAUUGGGGCGGCAACAGCUGGGCCAGCAACAAAUGUACAUAGUCAUUCGCCGUCGUCAACAGGAAAAAAUGCCAGAAGUCCCUUGGCUACAGUGGCUUGUAAUAGUUUUUUAAGGAAUGCUCAAUUACAGCAGCAACUUUUAUUACAACAACAGCAACAGCAGCAGCAGCAACAAUUGCAGCAAAACACAUUUAAUAAUUCAUUGCCUCAAAGAUCGCAAUCGCCAUCCCUAAUGCCCUCCACCAGUCAACAGGCAGCGAUUCUAAAACAACAACAGCAACUACAGUUACAGAAGCAAUACCUUCAACAGCAACAGCAGCUAGAACUUUUGCAACAUCAGCAUCCUCCCCGUUUUGUUUCCAAUGAAAAUUUCUUUUUGUUUCGCAGUCAAUCUAUGCGCGAGCGCAAUCCUGAUGGCAAGGACCACUUCAAUACUCUGUCGGAUGAAAUUAUUUUGCAGAUUUUCAAAUGGCUGCCGAAAAAGACAUUAUUGCGUUGCGGCUAUGUUAGCCGCCGUUUCAAUAGAUGUGCCAGUGAUGAGUCCCUUUGGACGCGCCUUGAUCUGGGUGGCCGUUCCAUCAAGGCAGGAGCAAUGGAAAAUAUUCUCAAAAGAGGUGUUGUCAUUCUAAGAUUAGCGCAAGCAGAGCUUCACCAUCCUGUCUUUGAACCACAUUUCCUUGAGACUGAACCAAGUUUUGAGACCAAAUUGCAGUAUCUAGACUUGAGUAUGAUAACGAUAACAAAACCUUCCCUAAAAAUGCUGUUGUCACGUUGUCGCCAAUUGAAAAAACUAAGUCUGGAACAUGUUGCCCUCAAUGAUGACAUAUGCAAUGACAUUGCAAAAAACACUGGCUUAGAGGCAUUAAAUUUAGCCAUGUGCUCCGGUUUGGAAGCAUGGAGUGUUAGAAAAAUGAUGGAGUCACUAAAGCAGCUAAACAGUUUAAAUAUAUCAUGGACAAAUUUAUCAGUGGAUGCGGUUACAUCGCUGGUAACCAAUGUGACACCAAAUUUAAUGCGUCUAAAUGUGGCGGGAUGUCGCAAAACAAUGUUUGACUCACAUUUGGCCAGUUUAGCAAAACGCUGUACGCAGUUGCUGGAGUUGGAUUUGUCGGAUUGCACUGGGUUAACGGGCAAUGCUAUAAGUAUUAUUUGCAAAUUCAAAAUGCUCGAAUAUCUAUCGUUAUCCAGAUGUUAUUUGAUACCAGCUACAGCGUAUAUUGAAUUGCGCAACAUGUCCACACUUACAUAUUUGGAUAUUUUCGGUAUGCUUACCGAUUCUGCCUUGGAAAUGCUAGAGCACACAUUUUCAAAAAUCGGCAUUAACAAAUUCAUUCAUAGUUCGGUUGCACGUCCAACAGUUGGUACGAGGCGCACCUCAAUUUGGGGACUACGUACACGAGAUUAGUUUUAUAAUCUCAUAUAUCAUUGAACAACACCUCCUGUUACGUUGUUUAUAAAUUUUUGUGUUUCAUAUAGGUAGAGUAUAUUAUCAUAUAUUACUUAAAUGUUGAAAUAUGUAUUCUAACUUCUACUCCCUAAACCUCGUUCCUAAGAUUUUUUAUUGUAGUUUUUAUUUUGAAGAUUUGUUUUAAUUUCUUCCUCCCAUCACACAACUCAUUCUGAUAAGCAAUUGGCUUUUGGAUCAUAUUAAAUAUCUUUUGAUUGCUUUUUGGAGAAUUUACAAAACACAAAAACUUUUCGUAUGCAGCGAAAUGUUUUUAUUUUAUUUUAUACGAUUACAAAUUAGUAUAUGCAUCAGAAGAUACCACAUAAUGCGGCUUAGCUCUAAAACAAAUAUAAUUCAAAUUUUGUGAAUGAAAUCAAAUUUAAGUUUAUUAAGUAUUGUGUAAAUAAACAAGGCAAAUAAUUUAACAAAUUUCA